AUGGCACUCUUUCAAGGCUUCAUCGAUAGGCUCGGGUCCUUUACCCCCCAGGAAAGGAAAGCCAUCUUCCUCUACAUCUGCGGCAUCAUGCUUUACAAGUUUGGCCUCGAAGCAUUUAACGGCUCCAUCACCGCCUUGGUUACCAAUCGGUAUGACUACGAGAGCAUCACAACAGGAACUCCUUCUCGUACUUUCGAGCGCCUCGGCCUAAUACAGGGGCUAAAUCAGGCCACGCAAUGUGUCGGCUCUAUUCUCAUCGCACCGCUUAUCAAGCACUUCCCGACGAAGAACGUACUGUCCGCCGCUAUCUUGCUUUUUGGCCUGAUGACAGCGAUACUCCUCAUCCUCGACGCUGCUACCGGAGGAUCCUUUAUUCCCGCAGCUUUUCGCAAAGACCAUCCCGAAGACAGCUGGCCGUAUUAUGGUGAUUACCCUAACGACUCGAUAAUCCCCAUCUAUGCCGUAGCCGGAAUCACUUACGGUAUGGUCGAGCUCAUUCGUAGGGUUAUCCCUAGGGAUAUUGUUGGUGGAAACGUUUCAAAGCUCCGUCAAAUGGACGCAUUGGUGCACAUAUUCUAUGAAGUCGCCGGAACCACUGGGGCGUUUGUUACUGCGCUAGUUCUGAUCCCCAAUCUGGGGAACAACCGAUCUUUCGUCAUCACACCAAUCUGUUUCACCCUUGCUGCCAUCAUAUGGUUCUUCGUCGCCGAUGGAAGCCAUGAAAGAAACGCCCUCGCCCGUUCAGAGGCCCGUAGCUCCAACUACUUCGUCGCCGCAGGCAAAGGUUUCAUCACAUUUUUCGAAUCCAUUUGGGUCGGCGGCAAGAUCAUUUUCAGCUCCAGCCGCUUCAUUUGGUUGCUGCCUGCAUACGGCAUCGCGCUCUACGCCCAUAGAUAUCUCGAAAAUGGUAUUGCACCUCAGAUCGCCCGUCGUUACCUCAAGCAGUCGGCAUGGUCACAGAUAAUGGUCGGCGGAUCCAACUUUGGUGAAUUACUUGGCGCUCUCUUCGUAUUCUUGUUCACCAAUGUCAUCAAGACUCCCAUUCCAUGGCUCAGGCUGGAUGCUGUCUUGUUGCUCAUUGUUUGGUACAUACCUUCUUGGUACCCUCCGGAGAAUCAAGUCAGCCAGGCAUGGGUCGUCGCUGCAACAUUCUUGCCCAUUAGCUUUGGCUGGGCUGCUGGUGACGUUUCUCUUGCCGCUUACAUUCAGGCAUCUCUUGCUCGUCUUGAAAGCAAUGAACAUAGGGUGUCACCGCUGGGCGCUGUCAUGUCUUUCUUGUACUCGUUUUAUAUCGUCACGUACGCUAUCGCGAAUACUUUUCUCGGGCGAUACGUCGAUCAGAUAUACAGAGAAACUGGAGAGGUGCGGAAAGCUCUCACUAACACAGCUGGUGUUCAGUUCACCGUAAUCUUCGCCAUCGUUUUCCUGUCGACAUUCAUUCCUGUAGGAUCACGCACUUUCAACCCGAGGAUGCUUGAGGACACAAAUUUGGAGGAAGAUGUCACUGAACCGGAAGUGUCGGAGGACCUCAAAAUCAAGGAGAAAGCUCCUGCCAUUGUAGUGUAA